CCCCCCCCACAUACAUCGUUGUCUUCAAGUGAACGACACUCAUCAAGCCUUCCGCUUCGCCAACGGCCUAGUAAACCCUAUGUACACCAGCCAGGACACCCUGUACCGGCGCUUGCGCCGUAGCCUACGAUUACUAAGUACUACUGCCGGAGCGGAGAAUAAACAACACACCUGCCCAGAGACCAACCUCCUCCGUGAAUUGCAAGGGUGUGGCUAAUACGCUAGCCCCUCACCUAGUAAAGAGAUUCUUUGAUAUCUGGCCGCCUCGAAGGGCUCUCGAUUGAUUUGCAAUGGCCACAGAACAGGAUCCCUUACUGCGGCCCAGUACCAGCUAUAUUAGUAACGACCAAUCCUUUACCAGCAGGACUGGCUCAAAACUAUCCGCGAAUGUCGGUCCUCUAGAUAUAUCCAGGUCCACGCGCUAUGCCAUAUUGGCUGGUUUGUGGUCAGCCACCUUCCUAUCGGCAUUGAACACCACGCUCGUUGCGACACUAAUCCCGUCCAUAUCAUCGGAGUUCAACAAGUCAAAUGAAGCAAGUUGGCUUGGAACAUCGUACUUGCUCGCAGUGUGCACCUUUACCCCACUUUAUGGGCGUCUCUGCAAUGUGAUGGGACGGAGAGGCGCAAAUCAACUAGCCGUUUUGGCCGCGUUUCUGGGAACUGUUGCUUGCGGGCUUUCAAAAAAUAUGGAAAUGCUUGUGGCAGCGCGCUUCCUUUCUGGCAUGGGUGGCGGAGGAAUAAUGACGACUACGACAAUCAUCUUGAGUGAUAUGUAUAGCAUGCGUUCCCGAGGUUUGGCGCAAGGGUUCUCCAGCGUGUUCAGUGGACUGGGUAUGGGUCUGGGUGGGCCAUUAGGUGGCCUUGUUAGCGAUCAAUUUGGGUGGCGAUGGGCUUUCAUUAUGCAACUACCGCUCUUUGCCCUGUCGCUUACAUUAACAACUUGCAAUCUGGUUUACGCGACGCCGGGUAUGGGAAGGAGUGCUAAGGAUGUACUCAAGAGAAUAGAUUGGGGCGGCAGUAUUACCCUCCUGAUUGCAGUCGGAUCAUUCUUGGUCUUCCUGAGUGUGAAAUUCAGUGAAGAUCUGCCUUGGUCGGACCCUUUGGUUGUCGUAUCGCUUAUCCUCGGAAUCGCAUUCUUGGUUGCCUUCAUUUUGGUCGAACUCUGUGUUUCCCCCGAGCCGAUGCUUUCUCCUGCCCUCCUUCGCCAGUCAGUUCCCGUGGUCGUCGGAAUUAGCAACUUCCUUGUUGCGAUGUGCAACUUUUCGGUCAUGUAUUUCUUUCCCAUGUGGUUCCAGACCGUCGCCUUGACGGGUGCUUCGACAGCUGGGCUUCACUUACUUCCGAAUAGUAUGGCUAUGUCAUGUGGUUCCUUGUUCGCUGGUUACAUGAUGCACCGCACAGGAAGAUACAAAGUGAUCAACAUUAUGUUCGGAUUCUUUCCGUUCGUUGGCAGCCUUCUCAUAACCUUUAUCCAUGAAAACUCGGGACCGUUACAGUCCUGGUUGAGCAUCAUUCCGCUAGGAUUUGGGAAUGCUGUAGUGUUGCAAACGACACUUGUUGCGCUGCUGGCACAUCUUCCAGAUGAUUUAAUGGCAGUAGGCACUGGAUUUGGUCAGGUUUUCCGAGGGUUAGGUCAAGUCAGCGGUGUGGCAGUGUCAUCAGCCUUGUUCCAAUCCAAACUUGAUUCUGAACUGCGUAAACGGAUAUACGGACCUGAUGCUGCGGAGAUCAUUAACAACGUUCGCCAUUCUGCCACACUAGCGGCUAGGCUUCCUCCGGAAUUACAAAGAGCAGUGCGGGAUUCCUAUGCCGUUGCGCUCCAUGAUGUGUUUGUAUUUGCUACGUGCUCGACGUUGGCGGCGUAUAUCGUUCGGUUACCGAUACCCGGCAAAACUCUGGAACAUGGACCCCGUAAGAAUCAGGACCAUGCCGAAAAUAGUGUCUCCGCAACCAGUGACGAUCGUAACGAGUUGAAUAUCCACCAAGACGACGAACAACCUGCUCGGAUGUUACCGGACAUCGAGUCUACAAAACAUACAACGGAUACAAUGUCCAGUACAUCCACGGACGGUGGCCAGAAUUAACUAUUUACACACAGAUACAGGCGGCGGAAGAUAUUUACUUGUAGAGGAGGAUGGUUACGAUAUAGAACUGCAUAUUCAGUGUAGUACAUACCUACCAUAGCUAUCUAGGCGCUCAUACCACAAAUCAAAGAUUUAGUUGGUUCCGUUCCGUUUCCUCUGCCACUUUGGCUUCAGGCACAGUAUCGCUUACGAGUCAAU